ACAUAUUUUAUAUGACUUGUUAAUUUGGUAGUGGGAUUUGCAUGUCUAAUGUUAAUUUAACAAAAGUCAGAACCAAAGUCCUUUUUAUUAACAUCCAAACAGCCAAAGCUUUAGACAAUAGUAUAUAUAAUCAAUAACUCGAACAUACAUUGUAAUAGUAUGAUAUGAAUUGCAUACAUAUAUUUCAUUUAGUUCACGCUUUAACAUGCAUCCUUAAUAGCAUUUUUCUCACACAUUUAUAAUAACACCAAACCACCCCAAAAUAACAAUAGCCAGGAGAGACUUAAUCGUAUUUAUAUUCUGGUUUGCACUAGAAUAGUAGCCCCAUUGAUCAUCAGGUUCGGUCCGGUACAGUUCCCCUGGUACACCAGUUAUAUACAUGUAUUUAGCCGGAGGCGGGGGUGAUGACGAUCUUCUGCAGUAAACCUUCUUCGGUGGUGGUGGCUGAGCACAAGAGCUAACGCAUGAUUCUUGAACCGUUGUUUCGGUGUGUUCAAGGGGUGAAGCGGAGUUGACAUGAUAAGUGAGAGACUGUAAGACGAGGAACAUGGAGAGGACUCUAACCAGAGGUUUGGGGUUCAACAUGAUCAAUAUGAUGACUAAUAGAAAACGCCUUUUAAUUUUACUACUUGGAAAAUUAACAAUGAAGAAUAUCAUAAAACACAUGCAUGUGCAUAUAUAUAUGUAGUAUAAUGCAACGACGCAGCGUCAUAUAUUUACAUCACCUAUGCAUUUGGUGAAGACCAGAUCAUAAAAUUGCAAAAGGUGAGGGUUUUCAGUUUUGAAUGAGUCUUCAAAUUUGAUAAAGGUACUACUAUUAGUAUUUUUUUGUGAUGGACUGGCCCGGUCGAUUCUGAGUCCAGUCUCGUUUUGGUCUUGGUACUUGACCCUAAAACAUAAACAUCUGGUGAAGCGACCCAAAAGUAUUUCAUAUACCUAUUUUUAGGUCCAACAUCAUGCAAAGAUUUUCGAGAACACAUGUACUUUUGGUUUGAUCCUUUGAGAAACUUCUGACGCUAAUGCCGCGACGUUUCCACCAUCCACGGGGAUUGUUGCUUCAAGGCCUAAACCUUUUGAAUUGAUAGCCAAAUUCAAACUUCAAUGCUGAUUGGAUAUAUACAUAUAUAUGUGUUUUUUCUUACUCUCUAAGGAUAUCAUAAUGGACUAUAGCCAUAAACUCAUAAUAAAUAAUAAUAAUCUAACUUUUUUACAUGAUAUUUCAAGACAUGCGAUAAGGAACGAUAGAGUGAAUUCAUAUAGUUUGUUGCUGCAUGUUUUUUAUAAACGCUAGAAUAAUGCAACUGAAAGAUCUCUUUCAUAUUUUAGUGCAACCAAAAGAUCUUCCUAUCUAAGAUAUUAUAUUCCUUUUCUCUCUUAUAAAUACAAAACCCUAAAAACUAUCUCAAGGCUUCACCAAGAUCGAAGCAUCAAAACCACUAUCUCAUUUACAUUUUGUUUCCUAUAUUAUAUCAACAUUUGCAUCAUCAUCAUCAUGAAAUCAGUGUCGCUCAUAGUCAUUCUUCUCAUCGCAUCCUCUCUUUCACCUCAAACCGUAACAUCAUUCUCCUUAUUUCCGUUUCCGUUUCCCCUUCCCAUUCCAUUUUCACUUCCAUUUUCGCUCCCUUCUAUAUUUGGUGGAAUAAUCGGUAGAGAUAAUCACAGCGAGCUAGCUAGGAGGUGCUUCCCUGACCUAGGAGACGGAGAGGCCUGCAUGGCUGAGAUAUUCGGGUCAUUCUUCAACCGUCAGAUAACUAUAGGACCAGAAUGUUGCAAGGCCAUUGUUGAGAUCGAUGAAGACUGUACACAAGCCGUUUUUAAACAGUUCAGCGAUUCUUUAUUUACUAGUUCCGUCAAGCAGUUUUGCUCUUACAUCAAUAGCUGAUGCAAACUUUGUUUAGGAUAAUUUUUUGGACUUUUUGGUCUAUAAAAGGUUAAAUUUAAGUUUAUUUCUGUGAUUUCUUGUUUUGGAUUAUUAUUUUUAAUUAUAAAACACUGCUGUUCUUUUUCUUAAACAUCUUAUAAAAAGACACAUUCUAAGACGAAGGCUCACCAUACUCUAUACGUUUUAGAAUAAGAAAAAUCAUUUUUAUUAAAUAAUAUGGGUUCCCACUUGCAAGUGGUAAAAACUGAGUGGUAAAUUGGAGUAAAUCAUUUUACACUGGACCACCAUAUUUGAAGUAAACAUAUGUUUUCUAUCAUUUAUUUUUUUCCUAGAUAAUAUUUCCAUUCCAGGAAAGUAGUGAGAAAAUUUACUCUAAUAUGAUGGGUCCGAGUACCUUUUAGUCUACUUUUUGUUGCGCUCGCAGAUCAACCAUCAUAGCCUAAAACAUAUAUAGUAAAACCUAAAGCAAAGAAUGUAAAUUCACUUACUUCCAAGAUGAUCAGUCACCGUGUGUUGUAACACCUCUCUUCCUAUUAAUCACAAUAUGGAAGAGAGAACGUUGUUCAUUGAAGAGGACAACGAUUCUUGGAUACAAAGAGCUGAGAAUAUCACGAAGACAAAAACUAACUGAUCUUGUCAGUCUAAUGGCUCAGAAAUAUUAGAAAUAUCUUGCCAGUUUCUUCUGAUUCUUACU